GGCAAGUUUCAGCCCCUAGCUCAAGUUGUGAUGGAUGAUAUAUUUCCAAAUUGCAUCUUGUUGUUGAAACUUCCUGAACUUGAAAAGUUACUCCGCCACGUGACAGAAGAAAAAGAAAUAGGCAACAAGAAAUAUUACAAGUAUAGCAAAGAGAAGACAUUAAAGUGGCUGGAAAAAAAGGUUAAUCAGACUGUGGCAGCUUUAAAAUCCAAUAAUGUCAAUGUUGGUGCCCGGGUCCAGUCAGCUGCGUUUUUCCCUGGUGACCAGGUUUCCAAUGAUAAGGAAGAGGAUUAUAUUCGUUAUGCCCACGGUCUGAUCUCUGAUUACAUCCCUAGAGAAUUAAGUGAUGACCUGUCUAAAUAUUUAAAGCUUCCAGAACCUGCAGCGUCACUGCCAAAUCCUCCAUCAAAGAAACUAAAGUUAUCAAAUGAGCCUGUAGAAGCAAAAGAAGAUUACACUAAGUUUAACUCUAAAGAUUUGAAGACUGAAAAGAAAAAUAGCAAAAUGACUGCAGCUCAGAAGGCUUUGGCUAAAGUUGACAAGAGUGGAAUGAAAAGUAUUGAAGCCUUUUUUGGUGCAAAAAGUAAAAAAAAGAAAUGAAAAGAUUUGCAAAUAAAGUCUAAUAAAGCAAAAAGAAAAAAAGCAAUUUUCAGAUUCCCUUCAACUUUUCUUUGGAUUUGAUUUUUGUGUUUCUGAACGAAAUAUGGGAAAGUAAUUGGGUAACUUUGUGGUCUUGAUUUUUGGAGUCUUUGUCAUAAUGAAAAGUAAUCAAAUGAAUAGAAUUAACACGUAAUCACAGUUUCCUCAGUAUACUGACCUGUGACAUUUGACUGUAUUGCCUGCUAGUUUGUGCAGCUU